CUUGCUAUUAGGUAAGACACCAACUCAAAUUGCUCCAUGUCAAGUUGUAUUCACAAUGUUGUUUCGGUAUACGUCACCGUUGACACUAGACAACAGAUAAUUUAAUACAACCAGGUCCUACCCUUCAAACGAGGGGUGAAGGAAGGGUGUACUGGACGAUACAUACAGCCAGUCCAUGUAGUGAUUUCAACAGCUAAGUACAUCCUAAGUUUAUCUCGAUCACGUGAUAUAUCAAUACGAUUGCAGUGCGCACACAAUCUUCAUUUCGCUUUCGUGCCAGCUUGUGUUCGAAGCACUUACCUGAGGAAGGCGUGAAUAACUUGGUCACAGAUACAGGUAGAGAAUGGACGUCGGUGGCCAUCAAGUAAAGAAUAUCAGAAGACACCUGAGCAUCUUGGUGUUGAUCUUCCUUUUCUACAGUCCUAAAGCCAAGGGGCAAAGGGAUGGAGACUCCUUAUCUGAAAGUAAAGUUCUUCUGACGUGUUCGUUCAGCGAAAACAUUGAGGACAAAAGACAGCCGUUCAGUAUUUUUGAUGACCAGUCAGAGGAAGUCCUUAAGUGUACUUGGGUGCACCAAGAGUUUUUCUGCAAACUGGGAGAUGGCUACAGUUACGACUGGCGAGUCACAGACAAAGUGACUGUCACAAAGCUUCGGGGACCUUCGCCAAACGUUUGCUCUUGUUUUCUUGUUGAUCAAGACAACACUCAGUAUGAAAGACCCUGUGUUGUUCAAGAUUCAGUAGAAGGUGUUGAGGACAAAAAGGAACUUCAGACACUGCCAUUUGAGUUGUUAGAAGAUAAUCUGUUAAAAAGCCCUCUGCGAGAAGAUAUUCCAGACGAGCCUGAUCCCAAGUCAGAUAAUUCCUUGAUGAUUGGAGUAACCGCUUUAGCGGCAGUCAUGAUGAUUAUUAUCCUUGUUACACUGGCGGUCAUUUUCGUUCGGAAACGACUCACGAAUUCUCCUGUUACACAGGUGUGACAAGAAGUUGCAAACAUUUAAACUCGCAAUGCUGUGUAGCAUCAUGAAAACCCGAACUGGAUUGAACAAAAUAAGGGAGACACUCUUUUUGCAUGCAUUGUGCUUGUGGCUCUUGAAACCUUGUUUUUUGCUCCCAGAAUUCGUUUUUAUGCGUUGCUUUCCAUCUGAUGAAUGAACGAUCACAAUCUGCUCUUCGUUGGACGGCGCUCUCCAGUCGUCUGCUCACAACAGAUGCUUGGCUUUGGCGGAGACGCGGAAGUUGAAGUUUCUGAAAUGUGGCGAUGAAGCUGGACUGCUUGCUAUCUUUUGAAGAGCAAUUUGUGUGUUCAUUAUAUUCAUUUUGAUGAAAUACUGUACUAGAGUGAAAACUGAUCGGAUGAUUUUUUUUCUCUCUGUCGUUCCUAAAACCUGCUUGUGAAUCUUAUCAUUUAUUAACAAGUGGAAUACAUUUUUAGUACACUGAUUUGCGUGUUGUUAUUUUUAUUUUUCAUUAGCAGCUUGUUUUCAACUUGUGUAAGCAAAAAGGUUUGAUUUCGGUGGAGACCCAGAAAACGAAGCGAAUGAUGUCUUCUGAACGGUUCAAAACAAUUUUUUUCUUUAGUGCAAAUAAGUUAUAAAAAGUUUAACCAAAAACAAAUAAAGAAUGACAUCGUUUACUUAAGCUGCCAAAAAAGUUGAAGAAUGUGUAAGUGCAGAACUAUAAACUAACGUGCAGUCAUCUUCCAGUAUUUACAAUUCAUAGUUCUGUUAUUAUUAGUUGAUGUUUCGGUGAAAUAACGUGUUUCUUGUUAUUUCAUCUUUGUAUUUUGUCUGAUUUUUUCGUUGAUAUUUGAAUUUGUUUCAAUAAUUUUAUGAAAAGGUAGUAAAAGUAAUAUUUUUGGCUGAUGUUAUACUUGUUCAAAUCUUUAACGUAAUAAACCUAAACGA